AUGGGCAAGAAGCUUCCUUUGAAGCUUGAAGAGGGAAAGUGGUCAAUGGGAACUCCAGAAAAGAGAUUGCGAGAUGAUGAGUGCUUUCCCGCCGUAGUUGAAUGUAGUUGUUUUGGGGCUACACAGGGUGUAGACAAAGCUUGCUUCCUUCAUCUUUCCUGCUCUUCUCGAUCUUUGGAUAUAGAGGACAACAUUAAGUUGCCUUCCAACUUCAUUAUUGUGACCGUGAUGGAGUAUGUUUCAAGAGUGGCAGAAGAGAAGCUGAAGGUUGAAGUGCAAUGUUUUAGGGCUAACGAAGAGGCUUUGGAGGUUGAGUUUGCUUGUUUCAAGCAGCCUGUUGGGAAGGGAGGACAAAAUGGUGAGUUGAUAAAUAGAUUGCUUGUGGUUGAGGCUGAGGUCAAUGAUAAGGUCGGACAUCUUGUUCAUAAUGUCUUCUUUGCCAUCGAGCAUUGGUUCCCUGAUUGUGACUUCACCUUCCUCGAAAGGAAUUAUACAGAACAGAAUGAACAAAUUGUUGCACCAUUGUCAACCGUACUCGCUUUCACCAUUGUCAACCGUACUCGCUUUCCUCUACAAAAUAGUCCCUUGCUUACCACCACUCCUCAUCAGCUUGUUCCUUUCUUGGAGCUUGAUCUUUAUUGGAAAAAUCAAUCUCCUAAUCUAGAAGACAAUCCUAAGCCAAGGAUUUUGGCCACCCAUCUCCCAUAUGCUUCAUUACCCAAUUCCAUCUUGAAUUCUGGUUGCCGCAUUGUUUAUGUAGCCAGAAAUCCUCUGGAUCAAUUCAUCUCCCGUUGGAAAUUCUUGUCUUCAUGGCAAGAGCAAAACAUGAAUCUGGUUUCAAUUGAGGAAGCCUUCGAGAAGACUUGUAAUGGAGUCCAAUUCUAUGGCCCCGUUUGGGAACAUGUGUUGGGGUACUGGAAGGCCAGUCAAGAGAACCCAGAAAAGGUGCUCUUUCUGAAAUAUGAAGAUAUGCAAGAGAACAUCAUAUCUAAUUUCAAGAAUUUGGCCAAUUUCUUAGGAUGUGCUUUCAGUCAAGUUGAAGAGACGCAAGGAGUGAUAAAAGAAAUAUCAAAGAUUUGUAGUUUUGAUAAUCUGAAAAAUUUAGAAGUGAACAAGAAUGGUAAAUUCUUAUUGAGAUUUGGAAAUGAAGCGUUUUUCAGGAAAGGUACUGUGGGAGAUUGGAGAAAUUAUUUAACAUCUUCAAUGUCGGAUCGCAUGGAGAAGAUACUUGAAGAAAAGCUAUGCGGCUCAGGUUUGUCUUUCAAGAAAUAAUCCAAGAAAAGUAAAAUUUUCGGUGAUUUCUAUUUAAAUUCAGCAAAUUUGAAUGAAUUGUUGUCUAGACUCAAUUAAGUUUGAAUCAAAUUAGUACUUGGGGUGUACUCUUCUUGAUUGUCUCUCUAUCUCAUCAUCAGCUUGUUUCCUAAUUUAAAGUGUACCAGUGUUCUACUCUGUAAUUUAUUAUAUGAAGUUAUAGUGUUAUUGUAUUGGUUAAGUUAUAUAAUAUUAUUCAUGUUAAUUCA